CUUCGUCGCUCCGGUAUCUACUACUGCUGCGGUAUCUUGUCUGCUUGUGCCGUUGUAGACCAACCACUGGCACAAUGUGUCCCAGCUGGGAGACAGCCCGUUUACUGUCUCAUCUCUCGGCCACACUACCACAUCGCCGACAUCGGGCACACAAUGAGCAACGCCGUCAACCGUAUCGCGGCGAAUUGUUAUUUCGCAUACAUUUAGCGUGUGGACGUAUUUAGCGUGAUAUCUGUAAAUCUCCCGCGGACAUGGAACGUGGCUUUCGCACGGUAUAGUAACAGAGACAAAAGUGUGAAAUGCCUGGUCCGUAAAAAGCCGCAGGAAAUGUUAGACUCUCUAUGAAUCAAUUAACGAACGAGCCUUGAUAUGACAUUGAUAGAGAGACCUUCGUAAAAGUAAUUUAAAACUGUAUCUCCCGAAAAAAAUUUACGUGAAAUUCUUUGUUGCAUGUUGAACGAGUAAGAAAUUACAUUUAUCAUUUGUUCUAUAGAUGACGAGGAAACUGUUACUUCCUAGGCGCGUUUAUAUUAAAUUGGCGAGGGAAAUCGACGAGGCAUGCUAAUUAAAAAGAUGUAAUUUUUCUUCUCGCGUCAUCAAUGCAGCUCGCUUCUUUACUCAGAGGCGCAAAUUACGCGCAAGUUCUAAUAGCCGCAAUUAAUAACGCAACUAAUAAUUGUUCGGCACUCUUUACGCAUCGCAAGCCAAUUUCACGAUCUCACCGUCAGUUUACACGUAAAGAGGACGAGCACGAGUAUGAAACUCGCGUGCGCGACUACCGGUUACAAACCACUACCACCGUUGUUCACUACUACCAGCACGGACGUCACCACUACCAGCACCGGUGUUAAUUGAGGUGAAGAGGUUUUCGUUCUUGAUGUUUGGCACACGAACCAGCUAACCGACCGACCGACCCUAUCCAUCCACCCAUCCACGAGCCGCUGUUACAGGCGAUUUCGCGUCAGCUCUAGGCGCUAUAUUUUCGAAUAUAAUGAGUCGUCUGUCUAUCCGUGCGCCGAGGGCACCACCACAGAGAUGGUGUACAGGUCGAUAGAGAGCAUUCGUAAGAUCACUGACGUCCACCACACGUACUUUCGACGUGCUAUUGAGGACGGUGUCCUACUAGCGGUGCUUGCUUGCUUGCUUGCUUACUUCCCUGCCCGCCUGCCUACCGAAGGCGUGGAUCACGGUUUCGGAUGGAUCGUUGAACUCCCGAGCGGAAGGUGAAACACUUUGAAAAAAAAUCGGCCUCGGCGAGAAGUGUGUCACCGAGGCAUCGUGGCGAGUAAAAUGAGAAAGGCGUGGAGGGAGAGAAAAGGAGAGAGGAAUGCCCGAAACUCCAAGAGUUCCUGAGGAACUAGACUUUGCUCACGGUCGAUGCGGUUUACCUUGAAACGCCUCCUCCGCUUUGACCGUUAAAAGGAAUCUUUCUGUAAUAGAACCGUUAUCAAAUAACUUACGCAUUUAAUUAAUAUUCAAUGAAUUGAAACGUAACUGUGAAUGAGCGCAAACGUGCGGGAAACAAAAAAAUCUUGAUGUCGAAUAUUCAUUUAUUUCGAAAGAAAAUAAACUUUUCAACGCGAACGGAAAAACGACGAUAUUUCGAAGAUAAAUGUUUGCUUUCAGACUGUGUCCGAGAACAUGAUAUUACAGAGAUAAAUAAUUAUACCUGCGACGAGAGAGGGUGAAUGUUAGCAAACCAUUCUUGCAAACGUCGUAAAACGUGAAAAUUUAUUUAUGACCACAGUUGACGACAACCAAAAAAUAUGACAUUAGAUAUAACUGAGCCACUGAAAAUUAGUUGGCAACUUUCUCUCUUAUAAGAUAAUUAUAAUUCUUAAAACCUUUUGUCUCGUUCUCUAAGCUAUUAUUAUAUAUGUAAUCACGCGAAUAUAAAAUCCAUAUAUUGAAUUAUAACAUUUUUAUUUUUAAAUGGUUUUUAUCACACAUCGUAUAUAUACAUAUAAAAAUUUUCUCUCUGGACGCUAUAUUAUUAUUAGAUAUUGUAUUCGGAAUAUUCAGAAAACUUUUUAGCAAAAUGGGAUACUUUCAAGAAAUAACAAAUGUAUCAUAACGUACACAACAUACAAUCAAAUAUGUUGAUAACGUUAUAGUCAUGUAGCACCAGAGUUUUGUAAUAAAUGCAUGUAUAAGUAAUAUUAAAAAUACAUGUCAUGGGAACAUGACAGUAUGUUAGAAUUUAUCGAGAGGGAUAAUAUUUCUCAACUGAAUUAAACGACUAUAUCGUUAUAAUAAUUACAACCCUGAUAUCGACAAUAUGUUGCCGUAUCAAGUUAUUAAUGAAGCAUUAAUUUUAAGUUGUAUAGGGAUGACUGGGUUGACGUAAACGCGCUUAUCCUUAGUUUCUUAUGAACCUUUAUCGCGUUUAAACACUGUUGUGUAUUAGUUAUCUUAUACCAAUACGCAUUUUAAUACAAAUCAUUGUUACAUAAUUCCGCUUUUGCUUUGAAGAUUAAUCUCUCUUUGGUACAAAAUUUUUGUACAAAAUUACUACAUAAAGAUUUAUAGAUAUUAAUAUACACUUAAAAAAACAGGUUUUUAAAAUAUUUUUACAAAAUUAUUUUUUAUACUUUUGAAAAAUAUAAUUGAUCAUUUUCAAAGGUAAGACUUUUUUGUAAAUAUGUAUGUGUUAUGCGUCAUUUAGUAAAUUACCAUAGGAAUUUUUUUUUCAAUAAAUAAGAAUUUGGUUAUUUUUUAUUAUAGCAAUUGUAAAAAUGUCAAUACUCUCUUUCAAUUUCCUAUUAUAUACCAUAUGUGGUUUGUGGCGACCAAUCGAAUGGUCUUCGAAAUGGUCCAAGUUGUUGUAUAGCGUAUUUACCUUUACCACGAUGUAUCUAAUAGCAUGCCUUUCUCUGACUAACUUGCUGUUUGUUAUCUUUGUCGCCGAAAACAUAGACGAGUUUUCUUUGAGUUCUCCAAUUUUCUUUUCGUCAAUUACUGUAAUAUUCAAAACAAUUGCCAUGAUAAUCUAUCGUGAUCAGAUUAUCAAUUUAAUUAAAACUCUGGAAGAAGAACCUUGCAAACCUUGUAAUGAAGACGAGACUGCUAUUCAAAUAAAAUUUGAUUAUACAAUCAGAUCAUAUUCCAUAUAUUACGCCAUCUUAUGUACGUUCUCGGUAACGGGUGGUUUGACGGCAGGAGUGUUUAAAAUUCUUAAGCGUCAAUUUCCUUUUAAUAUUUGGGUACCUUGGGAUUGCACUUCGUAUCUUUUAUUCUUGUUUACGUCCAUUCAAGUAAUAGUAGCUAUAACUGUUGCCACCGUUAUAAACGUUGCAACUGAAACCACGGUAUUAGGCUUUUGCUUACAAGUGUGCGCACAAUUUGAAAUUCUGAAGCAUCGCCUUCAGAGAAUAGUAAAAGAUAGAAAGGAGGAAAUGUCACUGAAAAGAUCAUUAUAUAAUGCAUCACACAAAAUGAACACAUUGUCGAAGCAUAUUUGUCAUCAUCUGUGCAUAAUCAGACUUGCCGAAAGAAUCAACAAUGUGUAUAGAUACGUGAUCUUCAUUCAAUUUUUUGUCAGUAUUUUGGUACUGUGUUUAAUUGUGUACUAUCUGUCUUCUCAUGUGACAGUUGUAGACAUCGCCACUUGGAUCGGAUUCGUAUUCAGCAUGUUUGUACAGAUUUUUGUUUAUUGCUGGGCUGGAAAUGAAAUUAUCCUCCAGAGUACCGGACUGGGCGAAGCGGUAUAUCACGUGGACUGGGUAUUGAUGACACUUAGCGAGCUAAAGGAUUUAAUGAUAAUUAUGAAGCGUAGCACAAGACCUAUUAAAAUAACUAGCAGUUUUUUAGUGACAUUAUCUCUGGAAUCUUAUACUAAUCUCUUAAAGGCGACUUUCUCCACAUUUAACCUUCUAAAACAACUUUAAGAUUUUAUUUGAUUCGUUGUAAUACGCUAUGUAUACGAUAUCACAUAACAAAUAAAUUGCUUAUUGCAAAAUUUCAGUAUUUAUUUUAUUAAGGUUGGUGUUUGUUAAUACGCGCUUCUGAUAUCUUACAGAGUAUUCGUAACAUUGUAAUAUCAAAACCAUAAAAUAAAAAAUGGGGAUUCUUAUUUGUAAGUACAAAAUGC